AUGUCAGAUCGACUUAAAAGUACAAAUAAAGUCUCCAAUGAGGAAGUUAUAGAUGAUUUAACAAAGGACCUAGAGGGUUCUUUGAAGACUCAAGAUCCGGCACCGGAAUAUGUGAUAAAUCCGGGAUCCAGCCUGGACGACUACCUUCCACCUACGGAAAACGCACAGAAAAAUGCAGACAUUCCUUUUACAGAAGAAGACUUUGAUAAAGAAGAUAAAACAGAUUAUGACAGUGAUAAAGUUGAGAGUGACAAAGAGGAAAGUGAUACAGACUCCAUUGAUGUGAACUCUCUUAAAGAUGCAGAAAUGGAUCUCACAGAUGACCAAAAGGCAGAGAGGAGGUUGAUAGCAGAGGAACUAAAGACAGCUGGAAAUGACUCAUUUAAAAUUGGUGAAUAUGAGAGGAGUAUAGAAAAAUACACUGAGGGUCUACGAAUUUGCCCUCUACAGUUCACACAGCAAAGAUCUGUCCUCUAUUGUAACCGAAGUGCUGCAAAAAUGAAAUUAGAGAAGUACAAGAGAGCUAUCAAGGACUGUAGCAAAGCCAUCGAGCUGGAUGAUAAAUAUCUAAAAGCUUAUUAUAGGAGAGCACAGUCAUAUGAAGCAACUGAUAAACUAGAUGAAUGCUUAGCGGAUUACAAGAAAAUACUGGAACUAGACCCAACGCACAAAGAAGCACAAGUCGCUCUGGUCCGUCUACCUCCACUCAUAGAAGAAAAGAAUGAAAAACUAAAGAAGGAGAUGUUAGGAAAACUGAAAGAUCUAGGCAACAUGAUAUUAAAACCGUUCGGCCUCUCUACUGAUAAUUUCCAACUGGAACAGGACCCCGAAUCAAAAGGAUAUAAGAUUAAUUUUAAACAAUAA